AAGGAGAUGCAAGAGUGACUCAUGGAUUCCUCUCGGGGCUGGCUCCUCCCUCCCCGCCCUUUCCCAGCCCCUACACAUGGGCGCCCUCGCAAGCCUCCCGUUGCUGAAGGGGAGGAGUUGCUGGCUGAGGCAGUUUUGCCGUGCCUUCCUUUCCCCUAACUCUGUCCCGCACCUGGAGAGAGCAGACUUGUAUUCAGACUGCCCAUGGGGCAUGGAGGAGGAAGAAGCGGAGGAGGAGCAGCAGCACGUCUGCACGAGCUACCCUGCCAUUCCGAGUAUCAGCAUUGCGGUGGAUGAGACGAACGUCCAGCCGGGGGCUCUGCAGCUGAUCCGCAAGAUGAGACCACAAUGGGAGAUAGCGCGAGUUAAAACCAAGCUCUUCACUGAUGGUAUUACCAACAAGCUCAUGGCUUGUUACACAGAUGAGAACAUGAGGGAUGCGGUCCUGGUGCGAGUCUAUGGCCGGAAGACGGAACUUAUUGUGGACCGAGCUAAUGAGCUGAGGAAUUUCCAAGUGCUUCAAGAUCAUGGUUGUGCCCCCAGUCUGUACUGCACCUUCGAAAAUGGCUAUUGCUAUGAAUUUGUGCAGGGGAAGGCGCUUGGACCCGAACAUGUGCAUCAACCACAGAUAUUCAGGCUGGUAGCCCAGGAAAUGGCUCAGAUGCACAGGAUUCACACCAAUGGGAGUCUCCCCAAGCCUUGCCUGUGGCAGCGACUGUACAAGUACUUUAACCUUGUGAAAGCAGAGUUUUCUAGAAAGACACUGAAUUCCAGCAUUCAAGAAGUGCCUGUUCCCAGUCUAAAAGUGCUAGAAGAAGAGAUUUGCUGGAUGAAGGAGCAUCUCUCUCAACUUGGAUCUCCAGUAGUGUUCUGCCACAAUGAUCUGUUGAGCAAGAACAUAAUCUACAACGAAGCAGAAGGUCAUGUCCACUUUAUAGAUUAUGAAUACACAGGUUACAACUAUCAAGCAUAUGACAUUGGCAAUCAUUUUAAUGAAUUUGCAGGGCUGAAUGAAGUGGACUACAGCCUGUAUCCUUGCAAGGAGAUCCAGCUGCAGUGGCUGAGGCAUUACCUACAGGCCUACAAGAAAAUGAGUCAGGAGGAGCCAGGAGAGAAAGGAAAAAACAGAGUAGGAAGUGGAUCUGUGUCUGAAGAAGAACUAGAGACCCUCUAUGUACAAGUAAACCAAUUUGCCUUAGCAUCCCAUUUCCUGUGGGCUUGCUGGGGCCUGAUCCAAGCCCAAUUCUCCACCAUAGAUUUCAAUUUUGCCAAGUAUGCAGACAUAAGAUUUAAACAGUACUUUAAAACAAAACCUGUAGUGACAGCCCUCAGAAUGUCAAAGUGAAGUGAAAGUGGAAAGAGUCUUCUGGUUUGCAAGAUUCCAUACUUAUUUUCUCCAGACUAGAGCACCCUGUCCUCCGAGAUCAGUCUCUUCUGCAGUUGCUUCAAGGUUGAGAGGUCAGACAUCAUGAAACUGGGAUGUAAAAGGAAAUCACACCUGCGAAGGCAAAAAUUAAACCAAGCCCCUGGACUGUGGCUGUGCCACCAAAGGAUCACCUGCCACAUUUACUUUCAGAAGGUGAUAUUAGGACAUGACUUCUGGCAAGAGAUUUUAUUCAUGGAUUCUGGAGUAUUAAGGAAUGUUUCAAGUGCUUCCAGGCUUGAAGAGUGGAGGCUGAGAGAUUUAUGUAGCCUUAAAAGUCAGAGCUGGAUGGAAUCUUCUUUGUCCCAUGGUUAAGGGAAGAACUGACAGGCAUAGAUUUUAAGCACAUGCAGGAUUCUGCUCCUGUGAUCUUGGGCUAUCCGGAGGACUGAUAGCCUUCUGAAUGCAUAGGAACUCCUCAAAUCCACUCUCUGCAUAUACAGGCAGUAAGUGCCCCCCACCCCCAGUUCUAGCUUAAAACUAUCCAAACCAAUUUUGGACCAAAACUGGUCUCUUUAAAGUGAUAAAGGAUACAUCUUAAAGAAAUAUUUGGAGUCGUAAGCUAGUGAAGCAAUCUCCUGGACCAUUAACUAGUAAAGGGAUUGCCUGUGCUAAUUCAGCAUCCACAGUACAUGCUUGAGAAUCUUAGUGGGCACUGUACACUAUUUGUACCACUGUGAAAAGGAUAACUGUUGUGGUUGAAACCUAAUACAAGGGAAAUGCAGACUCAGACAUAGUGUUCAGCUACCAUGGUUGCCAUGUGAGUGACAAGUUUGCGAAGGCCUUGCUCUCACAUCUUCUGUGUUUGCCACUGUUGCAGGGUACAGAAAUGGUUGCAUAGCUUAAUGAAGCUAGGCUUCUAGCUGGUUUGCAGUGUGCAGCUGGUCAGCCUACCCCAAGCUGUACCCCAAGUUUAUGUCAGUAUGCUACUUUAAGACUUUGACAUGUAUGGCUACACAUUGCUCUGAGAGAUUUUCAAAAGAUAGUUUACAAGGGUAAUAAACUAAAUGCUUGCCAGUAAGAUAGAGGAAGCAAGCAAUACCAGCAAAGCAUAGGGUGACAGUUUUUUUGAUCCAGGAUUGCAUACUGCUGGGUAAACAGAAGUGUGUGCCCAGCAUUGUGGGUAAACUGCAGUGCAGACAGGCUUGGAGAACUAUGUGCUCUUCCCUGACUAGUGAUGAUCCCAUGGUUCAUUUAUUAUUGUUAGAUUCUGAGAAGCUGGAGUCAACUUGAAGCAUUCCUUAUAAGCUAUGAACAACUAACAUGGUGCUCUGUUUCACAAGGAAGCCACUUGGGUUUCUUAAGAAAGAGGACCAAAUCUACACACACACACACACCUCUCCAGCAGGUUCUCCAUUCAAAAUGAGAAGAGGACCAUAGUCCCAGCCAGCUGUGUCAAACUCUGCUUUCCUUGAGGGUGGAGAAAAGUAAAUGAAAUGGGGGGUGCACUGGAACUUGGGGCAAGGAAGUGCCCCAUCCUUGGGUUAAUAUGACUGAGUCUGUGCUGUCAGAAUCUACUAAAUGUCAUUUUUAUUACCUGUGUGUAUUUUUCAUGGAAUUUUAUUUUCUUUAUUGUGCUAUGAAUGGAAUCAAGAGCACCCAAAGUUAUACUGUCUCAUGUAUUGCUAGGGGGUUUAAUAUCCCCAGUGACCAAAUUUUCACUGAAUAUGUAUUUUGAAGCAAAGAUAGAAACAGCCUCCUGCAGUCUUUUAAUUGCCAUGCUAUUAUAAUUAACUUCCUUACUUUCAGGCUUCAGCUUUCAGGAUCCGAUUCCCUGUGGCUUUUCCAGGCUGGUGUACUGAUGGAGAACAGCUGUCAGGAAAGGCCAUUAAGUACCGCCUAGAAAUUACCUCAGCCCAAGUGGGGGGUAGCCUCUGU